CAGACCUAUAAAUACUGGCUAAGCGAAUAGAGUUCUAACAGUUAUCAAAAUGAACAGGAUUUUCAACUUUUUAGUCAUUAUUGCGAUGAUCGGUGUCUUUGGUCAGGAGGCACCACCUCGGAAAUAUACCGAGGCACAUUUGCUAGAAGUACAGCAACUAAACCAACAAUGUGCAACAGAGAACAACAUUUCGAAUGACACCAUGCUACAAUUUAUGAAUAAUUCUCCAGGCGGAAAGAUCCCGGAAAGUCGUUCGUUUUCGUGUUUCCUUGGCUGCGUUUAUCAAGCUAUGGAAUAUGUGUCCCCCGAUGGCCAAAUCUUGAGGGAAAGUAUUAGGGAAAAAUGGACAACCGUUUAUACAAGGGAGUCGGUUGAAAAAGUUCUCAAUUCGUGUGGAUCCGUCGGGGGAACAGAUUUGUGCGAAAGAUCUUAUAGUCUGUACUCUUGCUAUGACGAUAUCAAAACGGUCGUUGAGCCAAUCGUAAAAAUUGAUUAACCCAAUUGUGAGUGAUUAGAAAGCCUUAAAGAGAAUUUGGAAAAAAAUGGUCAUCAUCAGUGUUCUUAAAGUAAAAUUUGAAUUUAUGCAUAGAAUUUGGUGUUAAAUGUAAAUAUUGACAAAAGUAGAUACAUUUCCGAAAUUAAA